AUGCAGAGCGCAGUGUUUGGAGGUGAGGUAUUUUUCACUCUGAGAUUCAUAUGUAAUGCAUUCCAAACACAGACACACACUCACCUCCUCACUCCCAUCACCCGCACUCACCUCCUCCCCCCCAUCACCCGCACUCACCUCCUCACCCCCAUCACCCGCACUCACACUCCCAUCACCCGCACACACACACACACACACACACUCACCCCCAUCACCCGCACUCACCUCCUCACUCCCCAUCCCCGCACUCACCUCCUCACUCCCAUCACCCGCACUCACCUCCUCACUCCCAUCACCCGCACUCACCUCCUCACCCCCAUCACCCGCACUCACCUCCUCACUCCCAUCACCCGCACUCACCUCCUCACUCCCAUCACCCGCACUCACCUCCUCACUCCCAUCACCCGCACUCACCUCCUCACCCCCAUCACCCGCACUCACCUCCUCACUCCCAUCACCCGCACUCACCUCCUCACUCCCAUCACCCGCACUCACCUCCUCACCCCCAUCACCCGCACUCACCUCCUCACCCCCAUCACCCGCACUCACCUCCUCACCCCCAUCACCCGCACUCACCUCCUCACUCCCAUCACCCGCACUCACCUCCUCACUCCCAUCACCCGCACUCACCUCCUCACCCCCAUCACCCGCACUCACCUCCUCACCUCCCAUCACCCCACUCACCUCCUCCUCACCCCCAUCACCCGCACUCACCUCCUCACUCCCAUCACCCUCACUCACCUCCUCACCCCCAUCACCCGCACUCACCUCCUCACCCCAUCACCCGCACUCACCUCCUCACCCCCAUCACCCACACUCACCUCCUCACCCCAUCACCUCACUCCUCACCCCAUCACCCCGCACUCACCUCCUCACCCCCAUCACCCGCACUCACCUCCUCACCCCCAUCACCCGCACUCACCUCCUCACCCAUCACCCGCACCUCCUCACCCCCUCCCCCCAUCCCUCAAUCACCCGCAUCACCCACCCUCACCCCAUCACCCCACUACCUCCUCACCCCCAUCACCCCACACUCACCUCCUCACCCCCAUCACCCGCACUCACCUCCUCACUCCCCAUCACCCCAUCCCCGCACUCACCCUCCUCACCCUCCCAUCACCCGCACUCACCUCCUCACCCCCCAUCACCCGCACACUCACCUCCUCACUCCCAUCACCCCGCACUCACCUCCUCACUCCCCAUCACCCGCACUCACCUCCUCACUCCCUCACCCGCACUCACCUCCUCACUCCAUCACCCGCACUCACCUCCUCACUCCCAUCACCCGCACUCACCUCCUCACUCCCAUCACCCGCACUCACCUCCUCACCCCCAUCACCCGCACUCACCUCCUCACCCCCAUCCCCCGCACUCACCUCCUCACUCCCAUCACCCCGCACUCACCUCCUCACCCCCAUCACCCGCACUCACCUCCUCACCCCCAUCACCCGCACUCACCUCCUCACUCCCAUCACCCGCACUCACCUCCUCACUCCCAUCACCCGCACUCACCUCCUCACCCCCAUCACCCGCACUCACCUCCUCACCCCCAUCACCCCGCACUCACCUCCUCACCCCCAUCACCCGCACUCACCUCCUCACUCCCAUCACCCGCACUCACCUCCUCACUCCCAUCACCCGCACUCACCUCCUCACUCCCAUCACCCGCACUCACCUCCUCACUCCCAUCACCCGCACUCACCUCCUCACUCCCAUCACCCGCACUCACCUCCUCACCCCCAUCCCCGCACUCACCUCCUCACCCCCAUCACCCGCACUCACCUCCUCACUCCCAUCACCCGCACUCACCUCCUCACUCCCAUCACCCGCACUCACCUCCUCACUCCCAUCACCCGCACUCACCUCCUCACUCCCAUCACCCCGCACUCACCUCCUCACUCCCAUCACCCGCACUCACCUCCUCACUCCCCCAUCACCCGCACUAACCCUCCUCACCCCCAUCACCCGCACUCACCUCCUCACUCCCAUCAUCCGCACUCACCUCCUCACUCCCAUCACCCGCACUAA